UUGGUGAUUAGCUGUUUCUCUCAUUACUUCCGUGUGAAUUCGAAAAUCAACACUUCAAUAGGAAUUCGAUGUCGUUUGUGUGUUUAUGAUAUAAUUUCUAACUGAUCUUUUAAUUGUGGAUAUAUGAAAGACUAACUCAAAAUGAAUCCUCCAUGUGCAAAAUGUACCAAGAUUGUUUAUCCAACAGAAAAACUGAAUUGUUUGGACAAGAUAUGGCACAAAGGAUGUUUCAAAUGUCAGUCGUGCAACAUGACAUUAAAUAUGAAAAACUACAAGGGUUACAACAAAUUUCCAUACUGCAAUGCACAUUAUCCAACCUCAAAACCCACACAAGUAGCUGAUACACCAGAGAACAGACGAAUAGCAGAUAAUACCAAAAUACAAAGUAAUGUACAAUAUCACAGUGAUUUUGAGAAAGCCAAAGGUUCCUACACUCAAGUCUCUGAUCGACUAGACUUAAAACAGCACCAAGUCAACACCAAUAAUAUUAGUAUGAUAGCAUAUCAUAAAGAUUUUGAAGAAGGAAAAGGGAAGUACAUACAAAUUGAAGACCCUGUUGAGAUGAGACAGAAUAUGAAAAACCAGGAAAACAUUAGCUUGAUUAAGUAUCAUGAAGAAUUUGAGAGGUCCAAAGGAGCUAUAAUGCAAGUUUCAGACACGGUGGAAAUGCAACAACAUAAGAAAAAUGUUGAAAAUUUCAGUUUGGUUAAAUAUCAUGAAGAUUUCGAGAGACAAAAAGGAAAGAAGAUGACAGUAGUUGAUGACCCUGAGACUCAGCGUGUACGACAGAAUACACAGAACUUCAGUCAGGUGACAUACUCUGGACAUAAGGAUCAACUUAGAGACAUGGAGUACAAAAGACCAGCAGAGCAAGUCAAUGUUCGUAGUAGAAGUUCUCAUCACUCUAGUCCACCUCAAUCACCAGGAUUUCAACAUGAAGUUAAACAGCGUGUCAGUGCAGCAAGCCCUCCUCGCUCACCUGGAUAUAGGGACCAACAAGAAGUUAGGCGUACUAGUGCCACCAGUCCCCCUCAAUCACCAGGAUAUAAUAGGGACUAUCAAGAAGAUGUUCGUGUGCGCCCAAAUCCCGGAAGUAUUCAUAACUAUGACCCAGUUAGAGACCAACAACAAAACCAAGGAACACCAUACUCAUCCAGGAACUCUGGAGCUGUAGUCUAUGAUUCUAACACAGGAAGAGGAUUAGAUAAAAAUUUUAAUGCCAAGGUCCAGCCGUUCUCUCUUCAUCAUGAUAGUAUGGAAAAUCCCGCUUCACAAAGAAAAGUUGGUUCCAUUUCGGAUUAUGACCCAAUAAACGACAGAUGGGGAUCAGUAACAGGACAGUUUUCUGCAGGAACCCAACAACCAAGAAACCAACCACCCCCACCACAACAGUUUGCCCAACCACCACCACCACAAGAAGCAGAUAGAUUUUCUGGAAAAGGAAUGGUUUGUCGUGCAGCGUAUGAUUACGUGGCUGCUGAUGAUGAUGAAGUCAGUUUUAACGAGGGUGACCACAUCAUAUUUUGUCAACCAAUUGAUGCUGGUUGGAUGGAGGGUACAGUGGAAGCAACAGGAAGACGUGGUAUGCUCCCAUCAAAUUAUGUGGAGACGGUCAAAAAGUAGUAGACAGAAGACUUAUUUCUAGCUAAACAUUUAUAAAAUUUUGAGUUACCUCCCCUGUUAUGCUUUAUCAUGUUAUUUUUGUGUAUAUUGAUUGUCUGUUUGUCCGUUUCAGAUAUUUUAAAUAUAGCUCAUUAUAACUAUUGCAUAUUUUAUUUAGGUGCUUUGAUAAAAGGGAGGAAGUCGGAUAUGUAUUAUUUUGUACGGAAAUAUGUUUGUUAAUUGAGAGUUAACAUGAUCAAAAUUAGAGCUUAUACAUAGUGAGUGUACACAUAGCCUUUCAAGACUCUUGCAUGUUUGAAAUAGAGGAUAAAUGAAAAAAAUAAAAUUAUAAAAAAAAGCAUGGUUCAUAUCGCUGUUAGUCAUACAAUUUAAUCUGAAAAAAAAAAGAAUUCAUUGUCAUGUUUCAACGUAGAUACAUGUAUAUAGAUACAUUGUAAAAUCAAUCAGUAUUCUUGUAGAGCUUGUUUUUUCGCUGUUACAAUUUUUUGAAAGAAGAAAGCUUUUUUAGGAAGAGAAUGUUCUCUUUAGUGAGGGGCGUAAAGGGGGGUGUCUGCACGGAUGAACCUGAAAUAAAAUUGCCAUUUCACAAUGAACAAACAAUUAAAAAUGUCUUGUACAUUAAUCUUUUUACCAAUUUCACGUAACAUGGUAAAUAAGGAACCUUUUUAACGACUGCAUGUGAAAUAAAAAUGGCAAAACAUAUUGCAAGGAAAUAACCCUUUACCACCCUCUUUAGUGGUAUGUUACUGCUUUAGCAUGGGAUUAUAACUGUGCAAUAUGAAAUUCAGUAUUGUAGAUAUCUUUGGAAUCAAAUUGCCUUCUUUUUGUUCAAGCUUUUGCUGAGCUUGCUGUUUGGAUUUUGGCCAAUUUCUUUAUGGGCAUUCAGGUCAUAUGAUAAUAUUUGGACAAUCGUAAUUUAUAGAGAUUGAAUGGUUAUGUGUUAUCUCUGUUUUCUGGGUUGUAUGUAUGGUUUUAUUUGUAUAAAAGUAGAAAUAGUUUAUUCAAGUCAUAACCAGAAACAUUUUGUUUAUUAAAUAUUUUUAAAGAAUCCCAUUUAUUUAAAAUAAAAAAUAAAUGUGAUUAUUACCUACAGUAAAAGCUUACUUAUAAUAUUAUGAUAUGGUGUUUAAUAUAUAGAGUAAACAAAUCAUGUCUCUGUCUUAGUUUGUCAGAUUUAUAGUGUAAUGCAUAUGUUAGAAAAAAUAUAAUACUUUUUCAUUGGUUUUCUAACUAACAAUUUUAUGGAAAGAGUAAUUAUGUCUUAAAACAAUGUGAAUGGUAGCUAUGUUUUAAACUUAAGAACUAUACCCAGAAGAAAAUACUCUUAUUUUGAUGAAUUGGUGAAUAGUUGUCUUGUUUUCACAUUUUCUUGUCCUUACACAAUUUUACUGUUAUCAGUGUUUUUUUUAGAAUUUUUAAUGUUUUAUAUUGAGAUUUUAAUGUUGUAAACAAAGCCAGUAAACGUAUGGAUUUUAAGUUACACCAUUAAAGAUAUGUGUAAUUUUAUUACUGGAGCAAGAGAUUCAGAAUGACUAAAGAGAUAAAAAAUGCAUAAGGUUUUGGUCUUUGCUGUCAAUGAAAAAAAAUAAUUAAAAUAAAAAUUCUGAAAUUUAAAUCUUAACAGAAUGACAUAUAUAACAAUUUUGAAAAUUCAUUUUCUGGUAUUAAUUUUUACAACUAUUAUCUUGAAAAAUAUGUAGCUUAUUUAUUUGGUUUAUAGAUCAUAGAGAGGCUUAAGAGUACUAGUACCACUUAAUUUAUUAAUAGGUAACAUAUCAGUUUAUGAGCUUUGCUUCCUGAUAGUUAAAGCUGCCUUGAUCACUUGAGUUAUUAUUUAGCCAGCCAUGUCCUACAUUCACAAACUGUGCUUGAUAACAUUUAAACGAUUUGUCACAAACUUUCAGUGAAAUAAACCAUUAUUUUCUCUUAGAUAUUAGUUUUUGAGGAAAGCAUAUUCCAAUUUGAAAAACAUAAAACUUUUGUUAUUCAUUAGACUUUAUUAUUCAUUACAGGUUGUUUCAAAGAUGCCAUACAUUUAAUUAAUUUUAUUUUUCUCAUUUUCAUUGCCUUGCAUUAGAUUAUUUAUAGGGAUAUAAGACUUGUUAUUUUCCUUACUCUUUCUUCAAUUGUCUUUAUAUCCAAACCUCUAUUUACAUUUUAAUUAAUCUUCUAUCAGUUACUUAUGUGAUAAGGAUAUAGGACGAGGUUUAUAGUGUUUUUAUUUUAAUUUUUAAUUUUUUCAUGUUAGAUUGUUUGGUAGAGUUUAGAAUGAAAUACUGCAUUUGUAAGCAUAACACAACAAUUUGUGUAAUUAUAAAUUAUAUAAAAGCAGAGCUGUUUGAACCAGUUUUAUAUAUUCGCUGAGUUGCAUUAAUGUGCAUCAUAUUGAAUGCGUUUUAUGGAAAGUAAAAAGCCUUAAUUCACAUGAGGGUUAAUAUGUCACCUCUACAGACUGGUGUUGAUUUUGUCAUAAAAAUGUUGAUGAUUUUAGUCAAAAUCAAAUUUUCGAAACAAAUUGUUUGGUAUAUUAGAAUUUUAAAGUGGUAAUUUAGAAAUUGCUUUAAAGAUAUUGAAAAAUCAAAUUUACUUCUAAAUUUUAGAAUUAGUAUCAGGUAAAAAUGUGCACGUUUAACAGCUUUUGACUUUUGACAGGAUAACUGGACUGUGUAAAUAAGCUUAUUGUAUUAUAGCAGUGUAGUCAACUGUACUGCAAAUAAAGUUAUAUUGUUAUCCUAGA